ACUCUGGGGGGGACAGUAGCGGAGCUCCAUCGGCGAGCCCAUCAGACGGCCCAUCAGACGUCCCUGUACAGCCUGCUGGCCCAACCAAACUUCGUACGUACGAGCUGUCUAGGGGCCAUCCAUAUAAAACAGUCAGUCCGCUCCAGAACUGGUCCAGAAUCUGUCACGAACAAGUCUACGAAGCAUUUCAAAGAGCACAUCUUCUAGAACCUCACAACCUCCAUGCAAAACAACUUUAUUGUGAGAGGAUGAAAGGGGAUCCCAGUGCUGGUGGUGGUAAUGCGGGAAUUGAAAUAACCGGCCCCUUCACAAUCAGGAUAUAAGUUCUGUGGUACCCAGGAAGGUCGAGGGCUUUGUUGGCAGAGCGUUGGUAGGCUGGAUGUAGCCAGGGAUCAAGCAGUUCUGUGAUGGGGCGACAGUCCAGCUCGUCAAUGAAGCUGGGCAAUGAAGCUGGGCAGCUGGGCAAUGAAGAAUGUGCUCUAGAUCUUCUAUACAGCACCGCAGUGACAGCAUUGGAAAGACGGCUCCGCAGAAAAACUUCGUCAUGUGCACCGUAAGCAUGAUGUUUAAGGACUAUGCCGCGUUCAAGGAUGUGCCAUGCGACUACAUUGUCUUUGACAAUCUUCUUAUCUACAAUGACAAAGUCAUCCCGACACAAGACUACGAAGCUUGGGCCGCCUUCCAAUCGUUCAUCAAAUCACAGCCCACACCAAAGCCUGGGAUAUCGUUCAUGGGAGCAUAUCUGGCCGAUAUGUCUGGGCUCGUGGGUAAACAACCAGUGCAGAAAGCGCUGAAGGACCUUUUCCAGGCGGGUGUUCGUGCCUGCGGUGUAACGGGGGUAGAUAUUCCCACAGUACAGGCUGACCAGGCCAAGGUCACCAGUUCUUUGAAAACAUUUUUUACUGCCCUAGACUCGAUAUCUGAGGAGAAUGUCCACUACUUUGGCGCCUUCAGAAUCCCGAAAGCGGCAAAAUUCGAGGGCCUCGCAGCGUUUCUCGGCAACGUCCACAUCGGCGUUGUGAUUACUCACAACAAGCUGUGGCAAAAGAUCGUCGAUUACGACAACUGUAAAAUACGAGCCAGCUCGUCUUGGAACGUAGAAGGCGAUGCGACGUUUGAAAACGCCGCGUACGCCCUGUCGAAGGUGACAUCUCCGGACAAGCCGUUGGGAGUCUCCUUCAGCAUGGCUGCAUACAGCCACGUCAUCUCUAGCGAUACGACUGUGAGUGACACCAGUUCCGCUUUCGGACAGAAAUGCCAGUACAGAAGCCCAAUCAGCUACCAAAACUGGUGCCGAGCAACUGGCGGUACCGAUGGCACGACACAAAAUAUGGCGGUUAGGAAGUUUAACGUCACCAGCCGAAGCGUGGUAUCCUUCGACACAAAGAACAGUAUGGAGGCAAAAAUUAAGCAACUGAAAACAACGGUGAAAUACCCGAUCGGCGUGCUCCUCGCGGACAUCCCAUUUGACAUGAUUGAUGGCACAUCUUGCGGUAGUGACGUCAGCUUGGGCAGGGUGAAGGGUAUAGCGGAUGUAAUACAUAGCUAAAGUCCGCAGGAAGAACUAUUUACUAGCAUUGCUCUGUCGUCCUGUUCACGUGUGUCAUGUGUCAUUCGCUGCGUUUACAUGAAGAGGACAAAAGUGCAAGUCACUGCAUGUAAAGCUCAAGGGGGACUCACCUCAAUGCAUUCCCUAUGGGGCUCGAUAUUUCCAGGUUAUACCUCAAGCGGCUCCAUGCACUGCGCUAAACUGCAGUCAGAUAAUACUAUGAGAUAUCAUACACGAAAUGACACUAUUUUCAAUUAUCUGUACCGUUUUGUUUAAUUUAUAGAAAUAUUUGUUUCUCUGGGUAGUAGUCCUAUGGGGAGAACGCAAAAAGGCCCACCAAAGUGCUUCCGUGGCGAAUGCCCAGCUUGAAAAUUGUGUAAAGUCGUGUAGGUCUUUGUUGGGAAUCUAAUUCAAGCAAUUAUUUUAGUGUACCCAACCUUGAUAAAAUAAUUUUUCGUCUGCUAGCAAGUACUGCAGUGCUGCCACCGCAACCAGUUUCCAUUUGGGGCGAGGGUGGGUGGAGGAGGCGCGCAAGGGAGGCGGUGGUGUACUUGGCCUCGUUCGUCGUGCCCUCUGUGUCGUUUGCUGCCAAUAAAUCUUCGGUUGUGAAUUUGCA